AUGCCUCUUGCAUUCCUUUGCUGCUCCUCUAAACCGUUUUCAAACGUAACAAGAGCUGCAGUGUCCUUGGCCUUGGGGAGCGACUCCUCCCAAGUCAGUCCUUGCGUGGAGCCCAAGGCUCGCAGUCCGUGUGCAACGAGCUGCCUGAUGCAGAACGCGCAGGAAACGCUGGAGGUCGGGUUCAGAUCUCCAGGCUCCCAUGGAGUUUUGGAGAAGGUGACUCUUGCCUCUGCUGCUCCUGAGAAAGUGAUUUGCGAAAUGAAGGUCGAGCAGCAGCACGCUAAUGAAACGGGCACCCUGCAGGGGCUGACAGCUACCGCGGUAGACAGCACAUCGACCACGGCGCUGCCCCUCAGGAGGGGUCUGCCCGGAGUCAGCGUCGACGGGCACAUAACGUUCAUGUCACCUGCCGAAACAGGAGGAGAGAUAGUGAUCAUGGCACAAAUUUGGAAGCAAGGAAGAACACUUGCAUUUGCCUCUGCGGGUCUGACCAACAAAGCCACAGGAAAAUGGCUAGCACAGGGCAGGCAUACGAAAAACGUAUGCAAGAGCAGGGUGCCCCCAAGAUGCCCAACAGUGAACACCAAGAGCAAAUAUUACCAGAUUUUCAAAAUAAAAUGAUCAAAACACACACACACA